UGCUCUCUUGCUCACUUCAUCAGUCUGACAUGAAUUCUCCAGCCUGCUAGAGAGAGAGAGAAGAAACUAAACUAUGAGGAACCUACGAGUCAUCUCCUCUCAUCUCUCACGAGGUUUGAGAUCCAUCCAGUCAAACCCGAUCCAAUCUCGUCGUGGAUACUCAUCUCAAUCGGAAAACGUCUCCAAAAUCGUAACGGAGCUCUCCAACCUCACGCUCCUGGAAACGAUGGACCUCACCGAGCUCCUCAGGAAGAAGCUAGGAGUCACCGACAUGCCCGUGAUGGCGGCGAUGAUGCCCGGGAUGUCGAUUCCGGGAUCUGGAGGAGGAGGCGGUCCCGGAGCCGCGGCGGCCGGGAAGGGGGAGGAGAAGAAGGCGGAGGCGAAGACGGCGUUCGAUGUGAUGCUACAAGGGUUCGAGUCGGCGUCGAAGAUAAAGGUGAUCAAGGAGGUGAGGGCGGUUACGGAUUUGGGGUUGAAGGAAGCUAAGGACUUGGUGGAGAAGGCGCCGACUUUGUUGAAGAAAGGAGUUAGUAAGGAGGAAGCUGAGAAGAUCAUUGAGAAGUUGAAGGCUGUUGGUGCUAAAGUUGAUAUGGAGUGACCUUUUUUUAGGUGUUAUUAUAAAUGGAGCAAGGAACAGAUGAAGCUAAUGCUGAGUAGUCCUUCAAGUGUUUAUUACGAAUGUAACGUGUCAUGGAGUGUCUAUCAUCAGCCUUUCACUUUAGAUAACACAUUUUAGCUUCAAUUGAUUAAUACAUGGGAGCAAAAGUGUCUCUUCUUUUGGAUCAGUCAUUGUCUCAGUUCUUGGUGAUGAUCUCUUAUCAACAGAAGAUUCAGUCCAUUUCUUUUUUUACUUGAUAAUAAAUCUAUGUUAUUUGAUGACUC